UACCUGUACGGGAAUAAUUAUGCACAUGUGAUUUGAGUGUGAUGAUGAUGAAUUUGACACGAACAGGAACGGUGACAGUGAAUGACGUCAAAUUAACUCAAACCGUGAUCAAUGGUUCACCAACGGGAACGAAAACAAUAUGGUAAUAAGACAGAGAGUGAAGUGUGUGAUAAUCUGAUGAAUAAAGCCCUCAAGGCCAAGGGGGCAAAAACACAAUAACAAAAAAAACAAAACAAAAAAACAAAAACAAAAAAAACUGAAACAAACAACAUUAAGCACACACAAAUCAACCAAAACAGCCACAAAAUAACAACAGAGCUUUCAACCUGUGGCAAUUCUUAGGCGUGAGAAAAUUAGAAGUCAGGGUCCAGGGACUGCAGGCUCUUGGUCAGGCUAGCUCUGUGGUAACCCUGUGACCAAUGUGUAUCUGAAGCCUGCCGGGAAAUGACUUUAACCAGCUGGUAUGUGCUAUGCCUGACGCUGAUCACGCAACACAUCCUCUCCGUCAUGGCCGGGCUGCCCUGGGACCUCCUGGCGCUCGAUUGGCUGUGCAACGAGGACAGCACGCAUGCGCGUGAUAUCCCCUGGGACUGCUCAAGUUAUCUGGUGUGUCACAGCGGCAAGGCGUACCCGUUCAAGUGCCGCGCUGGCACACUGUUCGACAACGCCACGCACAACUGUGUCUGGCCAAACAGCAGGAAUUCAGGUCGCUGCAAGCAAAAUCCAUUAACCUAUAUAGACACCAUUUGCCGGUGGAACCCGAACGCCAAAUUGCCCAGUCCCGUCAGCUGUGGUCAGUACUUCGACUGCUCGCAAACCGGAGGUUCGGGGCAGUACGCCAAAUACGUCAUGGAAUGUCCCUACCCACAGCUGUUCUCGGAGCGGAACAAGCGGUGUGAACACUUCAAGAGAGUGCAGUGCGGCACACGGAGAGUUCCCAAGGCGCCGUGCGACUACGUUCAGUAUCUCCAACUGUGCCAGACAACGAAAUGCCGUCCUUGCGAGCGGCGACAUCCCAGCUGUAAGGGGCGAAACAACGGAUUCCAGCCCAUCUACAACGCGCCCCGCUUCUACAUGUUCUGUGACAGCGAGCGUACUCUGGAUAUCAAACAGUGUCCACCUAGGCAGACAUUUUCCUCCCGCCUCAGGAGAUGUAUCUCAGUUCGGUAAACGGCAAACGAAAAUGAAAACGAAAACGAAAACGAAACUGAAAGCGAAACACAGUCCCUUUGUACCUGUAAAUGAUCGUGCAAUCUGAGUAAACUCGUGAGAAAAUCCA